AUGGCGGCCGAAAAAGCGGCUAAAAAUAAGAACCAAAAAAAGAAGCAGAGACAGAAGUUGAAAAAAGCUGAACAAGCUUCGAAAGAUAUUACCACGGAAUCAAUACCACCUGUUGCAUUGGCCCCGGAGAUUAAUGACACCCAUAGUGGUGACCAACAAGUUAAUGAGUACGCGGCGGUUGACAGGCAGAUGAAUACUGCAAGUUUAACCUUGUCUGAUAUGCCUGCUGCAGUUGAUGAUAAUUCAAGGAAUGAUGAGCAGAAAAUUGUACUAGAUGAUGUAUCUAGUGUGCUCAGUCCUCCUAGCAUGUGCAAACAUCAAACCCAUCUAAAACCACCAAAUGAAGCAGGUGGAAGUUCAAGUCCCCCCUCUGGAGAAGCUGCAGUUCCUCAAAUCAUGCUUGAUAUGAUGGAUCAGCUAAUAGAUAUGCAAAGAGAAUUGCAAAAGCAGAUGACAAUUAUGGAGAUGGCUGUAGAGCAAAAGUUAAAUAAUUUUCAAGAAGAAUUGAAAGAGGAGAUGACGAAGGCUGUAGAGGCCGAGAUUGAUGCUCUGUGCGAUCAACUUGGAGAAGAGAUUUCUAAACAACUAACUGGUUUGAUCAAUUACUUUGUAAGCAAGGACUUUCAAGUCAUUAUAGAGGAAAUGGUGAAAAAAGAAUCAGCUGAUGUUGGACAAGCUGUUGUUCGUCUAUUCACUCCGGCUAUAGAGAAAUGUCAGGCAACAAUAGAUUUGGCUAUAUCUGAUUACUUUCAGAAAGGAGAUGGCUAUGAAGCAUUUAAUCAAUUGGAGAAAUCGGUCAACUCAAAACUUGAAGCUACUGUUCGCUAUGGUGUACAGUUCCAUCUGCAAGUAUUUACGUGUGACAUUGCGCGCAUUGUGUUGUAUUUACAGGAUGCUAGUAGCUCCGCAUCACCAGCAACUCAAACCCUAAGCGGAGAACUGGCUGAUGGCCACCACAAGUUAGUGGCUCUCGCAGCUGGAAGGGGAACUCAAGUGCAGUAG